AUGCAAGGCUCGCUCACUCUUCCCUCCUCCCUGUUCCCUCUCCCUCCCCCCUGUUCCCCUUCCCUCCUCCCUGUUCCCCUUCCCUCCUCUGCUUCUCCGUCCCCUUUCCCCCAUCACCCUCCUUCCCCCCACUUUCCCCCCACUUUCCCCCCACUUUCCUCACGUCCCCCCCUCCUCUCCCCCCCCCCCGUCCCCUUUCCUCCACCCUCUCCGCCAGGCGCAAUGGAUUCAUUCAAAGGCGGGUCCAAAGGCGCGACGGCAGUGGCAGCAGCAGCGGAGAGGAGAGGGUCGCUGAGGCAACGCAAGGUGGCGGCUGAUGUGGUGGCUGUGAUGCUGGAUGAAGGCACGCGGAAGCGAGCAGCAGCGGCGCGACUGGAGGCUCUAGAGAGUGACUAUACCGGGGUGGAUGCUGCUGUGGAUGAGGAUGAUGACGUGUUCAAUGCAGAGGAGGAACUGGUGCAAGAAGGUAUGCUUAUAGCGAGUAAUGGACAAUAA